AUGGCCCGCCUCCUCCAGGGCUUCGACUGGAGCUCGUACAAGUGCAAUCUUGGCGAGUUGACCACCAAGGGCCAAGAAACCACUCACCAGCUUGGACGCGAGCUCCGUUCGAGAUAUAUCGACCACUUGAAUUUUCUACCACAAAAGCUUCAUGACCCAAAGACGGUAUAUUUACGGAGUACACAGUAUCAACGGACCUUUCUGUCCCUGCAGCAGGUUUUCAGGGGCCUUUAUCCUCUUGACAAGCGAAGAAUCGACCCUACACAGCUGUCAGCCACUGUUCUCAGUCCGCGAGAGGAAACCCUAAUGCCUCCAGAGGACUACUGCCCGAGAUUCCAGACGCUUCUCGAUGUGUUCACAAAACGCGCCGCAAUUAAAUGGAAUAACUCUACUGAAAUGUCUAUGAUACAAAAAAGUCUGGGUAAAUGGAUGCCUGAUGGCAGCACUAUUGCCGUAGACUCAAAACCCUGGAAGCUGCAUGGAAUCCUCGACACCAUUUCAUCGGCCACAGCGCAUACCGAAAUGCACAAGUACUUACCCAUACAGUUCUUUGACCCAGAGAUGCGGGCGGCAAUGGAGCGAAUCUGUGCCGAAGAGGAAUUUGCCGGUUAUGUCUACAGCUCUGAAUUCCGGGAACUAGGGGUUGGAAAGGCUCUUGCUGAGACAGUCCAACGCAUGUUGGACAUGAGGUCACGAACAACAGAAUCAGCUCGACUCUGCCUCCUAAGUUGUCACGACUCAACGAUUGCUGGGAUUCUGGCAUCACUUGGAGCCAUGGUCGAACCUGGUUGGCACUGGCCUCCGUUUGCUGCCUUCCUGGCCCUCGAGCUAUACCGAGGACAACCUGACGAGACGACGCAAGGCCAGUCCUGGUAUGUGCGAGAAGUCUUUAAAGCGACGGUCGACCAACUGACCCCCCAAGACUGGACGCCCGGUCUUCCCUAUCAUGGACACCUUUGA